AUGAUUGAUACGUGCAAUGACAAGGACGACCGCUCAGAACCUAACAAUCGCGCUUGUCAAGAAUAUUCUCCUGGACCUUUGAACAACAGUUUCCAAGGGGACAAACUGAUGAUGCGGAAGCCUUUCGGUGGGCUCGCAGUGCAGUGGCUCGAGGGUGGGUGGGUGGAUACGCUGCUGCAGACCAGGGCCGAGCCAAUCCCAUUGGCUGUAAAGGCAAGUCCAGGGUGCAACGUUCUUGCCGGGUACGAAACCUGGACAGGAACCAUCGUUCGCUCUUGCGACCUCGUCCCCCUGGUCAGCUUCUCGAGCCUUGUCCACACUGGUGAGCGCUCCCUGCCAGAUCCCCAUCGAUGCGGUCUGCCGUCGGCCAGACUUGCGGACUUAGGCUUUGACAAGCAAUUUGAGGUAUCCACCUGUUGGGUAUUGGAAAUCGAUAAUAGUCAUGGUGCAUCCGUGUUCUAUAUUCCUGCAGAGUAUCUGUCUUCUUCACCCUCAAGGAGAGAUAUCUACCUGGGUAUCUGUCCCGUACAUAGCUGGCGGUACUUCUGCGACCCAUCAUCCGUCCGUCUUACAAACGAGCGCAACUCCGUUCGGCUCUUAUACCUACCUACCUCUAUCCGCUCCCUGCCAACUCUACUUCUUUGCCUCUCACCCUCUCAUUACCUAAACCUGACCUUUUUGCCCAUGUGCAAGCAGCACACAUAACUCGGAGUUUGGACACACACGGACCCCUCAAGUCUAUAUCAUUGACGCAUCAACUAAACGAGGUUGAACGGAUGCUUGCCGACUGAUUUCCGACCGCUAUCACUACCAAAGUUACCUCAACCUCACCCUUCCUUCAACAUCGCCCAUCCUUUAUA